CGGGGCUCCACACAAAGACGACAAGAGGGAGAAGAAGAAGAAGAAGAACAGAGUAGAGGAGGUAGAAGAAGAAGAAGCUUCCGGUCGCUGCGGCGCUUUCAUGUAUGAACAUAGAUCCGGUCUCCACCGAUAGAAGAGCAGCGCCGCGCCCGGGUCUCAGGCUCCAUGGCGAUGCAGCUGAGCGGAGCGACGACAGAAGAGUGGACGACGUCCAGAUGACACAGUCUGACUGUGCUGACUUAGCAGGAUGACCGGCUGACUGACCUCUCGUCCUUCCUCCCGUCGUUGCCCACCUGUCGUCCCUGCAGCCAUGUUGCUGAGGAGGAAGCUGUGCGUUGCUUUGGUGAUCGCCGCCAUCCUCUUCCUCAUGCUGGCCAGUCAGAGCAUCCAGAGGAGACACUUCCUGCCUCUGUCUUUGUCCCUGCCCACCUUCCAGGCCAUGCACGCCAGCCGGGACACAGUGGUUGACCUCAAAGCGCCUCUUGCUGACCUGAACCCGGACCCACCGGUGACACCCCCUCCUCCCAGAACCCCCCCGCCUAAGGACAAGGAGGAGCCUGCGGUCGACUCCCAGAAAGUCCCGAGGUCUUGUGGUUGUUCUGAGUCCUGUAUUUCAGAUCCCGGGGAGUCGCUCUGGUUCAGCCAGCACUAUGACGCGAAACAACAGCCUGUCCUCCGAGACGCCAACAACAACCUGGACCCUGAGGCGCUCAGAUGGUGGCUGGGUCUUCAACGGUCGGGUAACUCCCAAACUCUGGAGGAAGUGAUGUCAGAGAUGUUCAAGGUCAUUUCUUCACCCACCGUGGACUUCAAGCCCCUCCCCUCCCUCUGCCGUAGUUGUGCGGUGGUCGGCAACUCUGGCAACCUGCGACAGUCGGGACACGGCGACCUGAUCAACUCCCACAACUCCGUGAUCCGGAUGAACAAGGCAGUGACUCGAGGGUUUGAGAAAGAUGUCGGGAGUCGGACGACGCAUCACCUCCUGUACCCGGAGAGCGCGGUGGACAUGGGGACAGGAGAGAGCCUCGUCCUGCUGCCGUUCAAACUGAGAGACCUGGAGUGGCUGACCAGCGCCUUGUCCACCGGCCAGGUCAAAAUGACCUACAUGAGGGUUAAAGACAGAGUGGAGGCUGAUAAAGACAAGGUUCUGGUGAUGAACCCGGUGUUCUUUAAAUACGUCCACGAUCACUGGACCGAGCACCACGGUCGUUACCCCUCCACCGGGAUGCUGGCCAUCAUCUUUGCUCUGCACACCUGUGACCAGGUGUCAGUGUUUGGUUACGGUGCCGACAAACAGGGCAACUGGCAUCACUACUGGGAAGAGAACCGUGACGCCGGAGCCUUCAGGAAAACCGGCGUCCACAGCGCCGACUUUGAGAUCCAGGUCAUUCAACAGCUCGCCAAGGAAGGGAAGAUCAGUCUGCACCUGUGACACCACGACGACUGACCUGCUGACCGACAGACUGACCACAGAGAUUUACUGACGGACCCAUCAACCCACAGAGCGAUGUGCUUCCUGACCACAGACCUGCAGACCAGUGGACUGAGCAACAGACCUGACCUGCAGACCAGCUGCUCUCAGACCUGCUCUGAACUCUGAGCGGCUCUAUGUGAGAACGCGAGUGUCCAAGACUCCAAGUCAGUUGCUUCGGACAUUUUACAGAACUUUUCCUGGCAGCCCACUAAUCAAAAGUCUGGAAAAUGUUAGGUUGAGAUCAUAUGAGAGAACAGCAGGACGAUUCACAGUGAGCAAGUGGCCCUGUUACAUUUCUACCACGUGAUUGGAAAAAAAAACCUAAAGAAUCAAAAUAUCUCAGAGAGAAACUCUGAUGCUGAAAAUUGGAAAGACAACGAGAUGCAUGAGGUUUCAGCGAUAAGAACAAUGUUGCCUCCUGCUGCUCUACCCAGGCUCCACCCCUCUCUUGAAUGUUGUCAUAAAUAAGUCCGACCCAGAAAAUGUCCUACGCUCCUCAGAAAAGGUCCGGACCCAAUUUUUCCGAACCUUUUCCAGAGCUCUGUCUGAGACCCUCUCUCUAAACAGACCUACUGACUGACCUAUCAUCUGGCUGACAGACCUACGUGGGUCCUCCAGCUUUUCCAGACUGACGCCAGAUGUUUUGGAUCUGGAGAUAAACUGUGGACGGAGCUAAACCUGCUCGGAGGUGGGGACUCGGACCCCCACCCCACCCUGCUGGGUUAAAUGAGUUCCAGCCUCACUUGAACCAAUAGAACAGACAGUUUUUCGGGACCCUCCACUCUCCAUACGACUGCGAGGAAUCGCCCACACAUGUUUUGCUCUGAGUGGGGAAACAACCACAGACUUUUAUCCUUUUUUAUUGGAUUUUAUAGACGUUAUACAGGGAGAACCUCUUUUUUUAAUCAAAGCACUUUGUCAUGAAGGAGUAAUGAAAGGAGGAGGCCGUGUUGUUUCGCCCUCUGUCCGACCACGAGAAGAGAAGAGACCUUUUUUUAUAUAUCAUGUAUAAUCCAUCCAUUUAUUUUUAUUCUAUCACGACCCGUCCUGACGUGGAGGAUUUCCUGUCAGACUGGAACAUUUUGAUCCUAAAGCAACGUCACUUCCUGUUGUUACCAUAUAUGGUUCUCCGCCUGUUGUGCUGAAUAUCAAACGACCGGCUGUAGGAUUUCCGCGGCAGGAAUGUUUUUUAAGGAACAGUCCAACCUUUAGUGAUAUCAUUUUCUAACCACAGUUUUCUGCCUCCUGUAGAUAACAAAGUGGCAAAGCCAAAUAACAAGACUAACUGUAGAGAGCUGAAGACGUUUGACUUCGAGAACAUUUCAAGAACGUGUCGGUUUAGCUGAAGAGACAAAGAUGAGGAGACGACUAAAGAUUUUUAUCAAAUGAAACGUGACGAGGACAAAGUCAAACUAUCAGUUUCCAGUGAGUGUGGAUGCAGUGCAAUGUACUUUCAAAAAAAAGGAAAAUUUGAAGUCCAAACCAAAAACCAACCACAUAUGAAUGAAGAAGGACUGAGCAGUCCAGCGAGUAGCAGAGGAGUCGGGUCACAUGACUGCUGCGCCUCCUCCUCACCGGAGUUCCCAGCAUGCAGAGCGGCGGCCUCUCACCUCUACUGUGAAUGUACAAAAAAUGUUAUCAGUCGUCUAAAUGUUUGUGGCUUCUUUUGCACUACGGAGAGUUUCAGGGCGUUUUCACACCGAGUUUGAUUCUGAAUCAGCGAGUGUUCUCAGAUACAGUUUCCGUUCACUUCCAAUCUGUGAGGAGACGAUUAACACAUUUGCUUCCUGUGACAAAUCACAUUGAGAUCAACUUUCAGCCGCAAUAUAUGUAUAUAAGUCGCGUUUCUGUUUAUAAAUCAUGGACGACGUGUAACAAGAUGGCAGCACCCACAACUGGGAUGUUUUAAACUUAUCUCAAGUUUUGUUUUUAAUGAUUAUAGUGACGUCAUGAUUGAGAGCUGAGGCUGACGCCACAAUCACGACUGUGCAGGUUCAUGCUCCAAAUGACGUCGCUCAUCCAAGAUGGCCGGGCCUCUAUCCAGGAUAUUUUAGCUUUGUCCAUCUUUAUUUACAAUCUAUGAGUUGCACAUUAAAAUUUAUCAUGUAGGACAAAGACAGUUUGUAUUUGGUCUGAAGACGUAAACCUGUUAUAUGUCAAAUGAUUUCAUAGGCACAGUUAACACUGGUGUUUUACUUUGUGCAGAAUCAGAUGAUCUCAAAGAUGCUGAGAUAUUUUAACUUUACUGCUCUUGCUUUUAAGAACUGCAGCUGCUUGUCUCUGGUGUUAUGUUUGUGCCACGACCAAAAUCAAAGAAUGCUGAUUGGCUGUUUGGUGUCAUGAGGGAGAGCAAAAGUUUAUUCGAGUGAGACUGCAUGAGAGGAGUUAUCAUUGCACCUUAAUAUUGGAUAACGGUAAACAUGCAAAUCGGUUUCAUUGCGCACAGGAUAGACUUUUGUAAAAAAGAAAAUAUUAUUUAUUUGGUUGCAAACUAUAUUUUCCUGAGCUCUAAUCAAAUUGCUGGCUCAGGAAAGAGACACAAAUAUAACACCAGACUUGUCCUAGUGAUAAAACAAGUUUAAGUUUAACGGGAAACUAUCAAACUAUCUUAUCGUGCGAACAACCCUUCUAAUGGUGAUGUUUGUACGACAAAUCUGUUUCUGAAUUCAGAAUCAACUCAUUGUGGAGUUUUUCUUUUUUUUCAUCCUCACUGACAUUCGUCUUCUCUCUGAUUCAGACAAACCACCGGUGUGAAAUCGCCUCUGAGACGUUUAGUAAAGAUCAGUCUGCUUCAAACAGAGUUAGAAAUGGAGAAGUUCCGCCCCAGCUUACAUUCACACCCCCGCACAUCUGCAUCAAGGGGACGUGGCGGUUUCCAGCUGUCAGAAACUCACCCGGCACCUUGUCUGAAGCCGACUGAGGCCUUAUAAAUAAUCAUGAAUGCUGAAUCAUCCUCUGGAGGCUGCUGCUGUGGAGAGGGCAGUCUGAGUUCAAUCCUUUUCCCGUCAAGUCUCUAAAACCCGACCUGUGACACAUCAGACGCUGCGGUUCACCUGAGUUCAGCCACUCGAUGACUGAGCUGGAUUUAACAUGUAGAUGCAAAGUUUGGGGAUUUGCAGUUGUUAAAGUUGUAAACAGAUUUAUUUCCUCACACUUUAAAAAAGAAUCCGCUUUGUUGUGAGUUUAAAUCCAAAGUUGUGCUCGUUAGAAUCCCUGCGCUGUGGAAAUUACGCAGGGACGUGCAGAUCAACCAAUCAGCUGCUUGUGAUUUCCUAAUGUCGAACGUGAUCUGUAGAUUUAGAUCAGAGUGAUGCCAGUGACCAAACAACAUGUAUGUGUCAUGUAUGUGCAGUUACCAUAGCUUUAAUUCAGCUCAUCCUGUUGAAACUGUGACUGUUUGAUUAAAGAAAGAAAAGUCAGAUUCGUUUAAAAAACAACCGACUGAUCGUCACUUCAUUUAUUCAUUCGUUCAUUCUCAGAAGCCAAACAGACAGAAGCACUGGAAUUUCAACUAAAUACAGAAAACAACAUGAACCCACCACUGUCACUUUGAAUGAAAUAAAAAAUAUGAAACAUC